UCUCUUAUCACGCCACGUGUACAUAACAUUUUGAAGCAUUCGCGUUCUAAACAGUUACCUCACAGCCCUGUUAUUUGCGUUAACAUCUCUCUCUCUCUCGUUUGCUCUCUCUCCAGAAACCAAAAAAGAAAGGGACAACGAAAUUACUUCUUUUUGGUUUUUUUAUUUUCAAAAUAAAAAAGAAAACGAAAGGAAAGAAAAAUUACCAGUCUAAUGUCCCUGAAAAAAUUGAUUCGGUCUCGAAGGUUCUCUAAAUCCUUCAAGUGUGUGAACAAUCAUAAAGAAGACAUCGCGUUGGUGGUGCCGGGAGUCCACGACGGCGGAGGCGGAGGCGGAGGAGAUGAGUUGUGGGGGGAGUGGGAGGAGCGGGAUGGGUGGGGAAGCAUGUUGCCUGAGCUGUUAGGAGAGAUAAUAAAGAGAGUGGAAGAGAGUGAGGAUCGGUGGCCUCAGCGUCAAAACGUCGUCGCUUGUGCUUGUGUCUGUAAGAAAUGGAGAGAGAUCGCUAAGGACAUCGUUAAAUCUCCCAACAAUACUGGCAAAAUCACUUUCCCUUCUUGCCUUAAGCUGCCAGGUCCGCAUGACUUGCCCUAUCAAUGUCUUAUAAAACGGAAUAAGAAGACUUCAACGUUUUACCUCUAUCUUGCACUUACUCCAUCAUUUAUGGACAAGGGAAAGUUUCUCCUAGCAGCACGGAGGUAUAGACAUGGUGCUCGUAUGGAAUAUAUCAUCUCACUUGAUGCAGAUGAUCUAUCUCAAGGAAGUAAUGCUUAUGUUGGAAAAUUAAGUGCGGACUUUCUAGGCACCAACUUUAUAAUCUAUGACAGCCAGCCACCGCACAGUGGUGCCAAGCCCUCCAGCAGCAGAGCUAGCCGCCGAUUUGCUAGCAAGCAAAUAAGCCCCCAAGUUUCAGCAGGAAAUUAUGAGGUUGGACAAGUUUCUUACAAAUUUAACCUCUUAAAAUCAAGGGGUCCAAGGAGGAUGGUCUGCUCGUUGAAAUGUCCAAUAUCAGAAGUAAUCGUCAUUGACAACCAUUUUGAUUCUAAGAUGGAGGGUCAGGAGUCCUCCGCCUCUGGCUGCACGAUUUUGCGCAACAAGGCCCCAAGGUGGCAUGAACAUCUGCAGUGCUGGUGCCUAAAUUUUCAUGGUCGAGUAACUGUAGCAUCAGUGAAGAAUUUUCAAUUGGUGGCAACUGUGGACCAAAGUCGGCCGGGAGGAAAAGGAGAUGAGGAUACCGUCCUCCUGCAGUUUGGGAAGGUCGGAGAUGAUACUUUCACCAUGGAUUAUCGGCAGCCCUUGUCAGCUUUUCAGGCAUUUGCAAUAUGCCUUACGAGCUUCGGAACGAAGCUGGCAUGUGAGUAAUAUAUAUUUGCUAUUAUUAUAAUUAUUGAAGUUAUGCGUAGUCCGACGCUCAUUACUUGUAGAAUACUGGUUUGGUUGGAGAAAGCCAAUGAUGUAAAUGUUGCUGCUCUAUUGUAUUAAUCACAGGACUCUCAAAUUAUUGGUUCUCAACAAUUUUUCUUUUAGCAA